AUGUCGUCUCGGGCGUUACGAAGAUUACAAAAGCAAAAAGAAGUCCAGCAAGAUCUAGAGGCGGAAAAUGACUCGGGAGACAGCGAACAAGAUAUCCCAAUUUCACGGCCAAAGAUCAAUGCUUUUGAUCUAUUAGGCGACCAAGGUGGCAAUGAAGAUCGCGAUGAUUCACUCGAAUCUGAGCCAGAAAGACCCGUUACCGAAGAGGACCAUAGCCUUGCCCCGCCGUUGGAGGUCUCAAAAGCUACCAGCGGCAGCAAGAAGAAGAAGAAAAAGAAGAACAAGAAACAGCAGCCAAAGAAAAUUUCAGGGCCAGCAGAAGCGAAUACCCCAGAGCCCGCAGUUCCGGAGGUUGAUGAGAUAGACCUGGCUCUUGAAGCUUUGGCUCUUAAGCAUCCUACACUAGAAGACCAAAAUGUUCAACCCGGAAGGGACUUUCAUGGCUCUUCUGAGGAGGGUUUAUGUGCACUUUUGGAAGUAGAUGCCAAAAAGCUCGUUUCCAUGAAUGAAAUGAAAAGACUCUUUGGAAAUGCUGCCGUGGAAAGCCGGACCUCCCCGUCCGAUAGUCCAUCAGGAAACAGGCGACGUGAGCGGAACAGGCGAGCCCUAGACCUAGGGGCCGCGUUAACCGGGAGGUACAGCCCUGCUAGUAGGGGUCAGGACCUCUCGGGAGUUGCACUACGUAAAAACGUGCUUAUGCAAGGCAAGGCUGAGUGGCCAAAGGCGACGAGUGGUGGCCUGGGAAUGGAAAUUGUCCAGAAAUCAUCUACAGGAGUUGUGGAAUAUGAAAUACUUCAUAAUACAGCUUAUAAGGAUGUCCAGCGUCAGUUUGAUAUGUGUGUGGAGUCAAUGCAACCCGAAAGAAUGAUCGAGUUGCUUCAAUAUAAUCCCUACCAUAUAUCAACACUGCUACAGGUUUCUGAGAUUGCAAAGCACCAGGGAGACCAUGCAGUAUCUGCUGACCUUUUGGAAAGAGCACUGUUUAACAUUGGACGUUCGGCCCAGUCUUCAUUUGGCAACUCUAUAAAGCAGGGAAAGGCUCGACUGGAUUUCACAAUAAAGGAAAAUCGUGAAGUAUGGCUGGCGGGCUGGAGGUAUAUUAUUAACCUAGGGAUGAAGGGUACCUGGAAGACAGCAUACGAGUGGACGAAGUUCCUCCUGGGCCUUGACCCGGACGACCCGUAUUGCUUAUGCCUGAUCAUUGAUCAUAUUGCGAUACGAGCACGAGAAAUGCAACAUUUUGUUGAUCUGUGCCUACACCCUAGCUUUAAGAAGCAUUGGCAUUUGUUUCCUAACAUCCAGUGCUCCCUUGCCCUAGCAUAUAUGUACUUGAGGAAACCAAAGGAGUGCCGAGAGACCCUCUAUUCAGCCAUGGCCAAAUAUCCCUGGAUAUUUCGUCGUCUCACACAGGAACUAAACAUAUCUCCCGUGCCGAAAGCAAUCUGGGGUGCACAAGCACCCAACUCUGCCCAUGAUCUACUCUGUGAACUUUACAUAGCUAGAGCCAAGGACAUAUGGAAUACUCCCGAGGCCACUUCUCUCCUGGUAGAAGUUGCCGACUCUAUUCCGACAACUGAGAAGCCUCCUCAAGCACCUGAAAUAUCACAGAACCUAGCACGGCAUGUUAUAUUAUCGGACGUAUCAUCCGUGACGACCCACCUCCCACGCCACUUCACCAUCCGACAAAUAUCAGCGUCGGACCCAUUACCACCAAAUGAAGUUGGGCUGUCUACUGGUCGCGCUGCAUCCAUGAUGGACGAAGUGCUUCAGUUAUUCGGCAUAAAUGAGCCAGACCACAUUCAACCUGGUCGCCAUAACCAUAGACAGAUCGACGAGGAAGAAAACAUUGACUCAGGAGAAGAAUUGGACAUGGCCGGUGUGUAUCUGCCUCCGUCACAAGUCCCAGAGUGGCUUCUUGCUGGGGGGGCAGAAGAGCUCGCGGAAUUCUUCAGAAUCAACGGUGUGGACCCUGGAAAUUGGGAGGAGGGGGUUAACAUGCUCCCCAUCCAACGAUGGGUGAGAACCCUCCUGCGUCUCGACAGACAAGACUGGCGCCGAACCAUCUCCACCGUCGCUGCAUCGCUGGGCUCAUCGACUGAAAUGAUCGAGAUGGUGCUGCUCGAGGAACUAGAACAGCAGACCAGCGCCAGCUAA